UCUCUCUCUCUCUCUCUCUCUCUCUCUGUGUGUGUGUUUACAAGCAAUUGUGAAGGUGUGCGGUGAUCAGAGUAAAUCAAUUGUUAGCAGAGGUUAACAGACAGCAGAAAUAGUUUCACAACAAGUAUUGUCAAUAUCAACAAAAACGUUACCCCGGCAACAAAAGGAGAAGAAGAGAGCAGGUGAUGGAAAUCCCCCUCUAAUAUGAAACCCUGGAGGUCCCUUAAAUGGGCAAUUCGGAGUUGAAACAAUAACAAAGCCACCCCUGCCACUGUUUCUGUAAAAAGCUGAGGGAUGGGGCUGGAUAUCAAAUUCAUAGACAGAGCUAUGGAUGCAAGGACUGACCAUCAUCCAUGAUAUAAAAGUAUAGUUGUCACCUAUACAGUGUUUGUUUACAAACAGUGGAGUAAAACAGGAUUAGAUUUUGGGUUCUGAUGGGGUUCAACAGUUUAACUAAGCUCACGAGGCAUUUAUAAAUUAUAUCUUUCAAGAAUCAAUGGUAUCACGUCAUUAACUUAAGUCCAAAAAUGGAUGUAGCAACUGCAGAUUGCCCCUUUAACAGUGAACAGCUAGCAGCUCAGUCUCUUUGUGGGCUCUGCUCAUUAUCUGAGAUAGAAAGCGAAAUAGAUUUUGUGUGUGUGUGUGUGUGUGUGUGUGUGUGUGUGUGUGUGUGUGUGUGUGUGAAUGUGUGCAUGCGUAUAUGUGUGUGUUGGGGGUUUCUUUCUUCCGACAUGGAAAAAGCAAUGUACCCUGUCCUCUUGAGAGGCAGGUGUAUCUGCCAAAACACUGUUGACAUCAGUAGCACAAUGGCAGAGAGGCUACAUUUGGCACAUAGUCCCAAUUCACACCCAGCAGGUGUUUAUGAUGGCAAGUACUAGGAUGUACCACUCAGGGACUGGAUUUAGUUCAAUUUAAUACCCCCUUCAGCCUCCUGCCUCCCUCCCUCCACAUGCCCUGUGCAUGCCCAUGUGAGAAAAAACCCUCUCUCUUUCCUCUUUAGCCCAUCUUUGCCCCAACACUCCUUAAUGGUUGCCUCCUCUCCUCUCUUUUCCACUGGUGAAACCCUUGUCGUUUCCAGCAGCUGUCACCUUUUGAGAUAGGGAGUGUGUGUUUGUGUGUGUGUGUUUGGACAGUGGGUAGUGGUGGGGGGGUGUAUGAGGAGGCUAGAUGGCAUGAGAAGGGCUUGUCACCUCGGUCCAUGUGAAAUAGGUUGCGUAGAAGCUAAAACAUAUGGGUCAUUCCUCCCCUACUUAGACACGAGAGUGUGACUUGACUCACAUGUCAACAGCUCUAAUGCUGAUACACGUUCUCACCGAUCCGGAGUAAAGCUUGAUUCCGUACUUGUUCAGUACAGUAUUUAGUGUAUGCUCAUCUUUUGCCAACAGAGUUUUCCUGUUCUGAAUUUGGAUGAAGUGGAAUACUGUAUGGACUCCUCCAGCUGCCGCAUUAAGUGUUAGCUUUCAGUGUGUCUUAGAGUGGUCUUCACUUGACCCUGAGAUCUGUUAAAGUGUGUGUGGACAGCUUGCAUGGACUCGCCUUCCCAGCUGUAAGUGUAGAUUUGAGUGUUCUCAGUAGAGUGUGUAUGUGUGUGAGUGUGUGUAUGUGUGUGAGUGUGUGUGUGUGUGUGUGUGUGUGUGUGUGUGUGUGUGUGUGAGGACUGGUCGUGCUAGUUAGACUGGAGGGGCCAUGGAGUCCUGGGACGACUCAGACUCUGAGAGCGACUGGGGAGACGAGUCCUCGGAAGAAGAGGAUAUCGAUGAUGUCACUAACAAUACAGAGGAGGACAUCAGGACAGCAAACGUCAUCGCUGCAGAGGCCGUUACAUGUCUGGUCAUCGACAGAGACUCCUUCAAGCACCUGAUUGGAGGGUUGGAGGAGGUGUCCAGUAAAGGCUGUGAGGAUGCUGAGGCCAAGGCUAGGUACGAAGCAGAGAACGCUUUCUUCUCCAACCUCAAUCUGGCUGACUUCAACAUCAUUGACACACUGGGGGUUGGUGGCUUCGGCCGCGUAGAGCUGGUCCAGCUGAAGAGUGAUGAGCUGAAGACUUUUGCCAUGAAAAUCCUGAAGAAGCGUCACAUCGUGGACACACGGCAGCAGGAGCAUAUCCGCUCUGAGAAACUCAUUAUGCAGGAGGCCCAUUCUGACUCCAUUGUCAGACUGUACAGGACAUUUAAGGACAGUAAGUAUCUAUACAUGCUGAUGGAGGCUUGUCUGGGAGGAGAGCUGUGGACCAUUCUUAGAGACCGGGGUUCAUUUGAGGACUCCACCACCAGGUUCUACACAGCUUGUGUGGUGGAAGCAUUUGCCUACCUGCAUUCCAAAGGCAUCAUCUACAGAGACCUCAAACCAGAGAACCUUAUACUGGACCACAGGGGCUACGCCAAGCUAGUGGACUUUGGCUUUGCCAAGAAGAUCGGGUUUGGGAAGAAAACGUGGACAUUCUGUGGAACACCAGAAUACGUGGCACCAGAGAUCAUUCUGAACAAAGGUCACGACAUCUCAGCUGACUACUGGUCUCUAGGAAUCCUCAUGUUUGAGCUCCUCACCGGCAGCCCUCCCUUCUCUGGCCCUGAUCCCAUGAAGACCUAUAACAUCAUCCUGAGGGGCAUUGACAUGAUUGAGUUUCCAAAGAAGAUUACCAAAAACGCUGCCAACUUAAUAAAAAAACUAUGCAGGGACAAUCCUUCAGAAAGACUGGGAAACUUGAAAAACGGUGUUAAAGACAUCCAAAAGCACAAAUGGUUCGAGGGCUUUAACGGGGAAGGUCUACGGAAGGGAACUCUGACACCCCCUAUCAUCCCUAAUGUGACAUCAUCGACGGACACGAGUAACUUUGACAGCUUCCCAGAGGACAAUGAAGACCCGCCCCCAGAUGACAACUCUGGCUGGGACAACGAUUUUUAAACGUCACCCCCCACCCCCAAUACCUAAUUCUCUUCUGUCAUUGGCCUGGGGGCCUACUUCCUUAUGUAGUUGCAUUCUAAAGACUGCGAUAAAGAGGAAGAGGAGAGGGGGAAGAGAGGAAGAGGACCACAACCGCUGUGGGUCACCAAUAUGCCUUCGCUAUACGUGGCUCUGGGACUAGAAUUUAAUGACCUUAGCAUUUCCUCAGUGUUCUCACACACACACACACACACACACACACACACACACACACACACACACACACACACACACACACACACACACACACACUGAGGUAAGUCCUGGAGCUAAAACAAUGCCUUUUCUUUUAGCAGAGAGCGCGUGUGAGAAUGAGUGUGUGUACAAUAUAUGUGAGAGUGUAAGGACACUAUAAGGAACGAUAAAAAAGUAAAAUAUAUAGGGUGGAAGAUGAGUUUUCUGUUGCGGCCACAGACCUGCACUGCUCCUACAGACACAAACAGACAGGCUGGGUCCAUGUUUGGAAGGCUUCCCCUCUGCACCCUGUUUUCUCUCCAAGACUUCUAUUACUAUAGCUGGUUCCUGAGGUUUGGCUCAGCAGUACCUAGUACCUACAGUAUCUGGUAUCUGGUCCUCCUCAAUAGGGAAACAGGAUCUUAACACUGAGUCUGACAAGUCAAACAGAUACCAAGUGCUCAUGACGAACCAGAAUGUUACUGUUAUUCUUAAAAUAUUACUUUUAGAACCACAGAGUAUAUGUACAUAUCAUUUUAAGUUACAUUCUCACACAUGCACAUAGGCUGCUAUACUCAUCUACUUUACUCAUGUACACUGUAUGCAGCAGCUAGUUAUCUUAAAAAAAGCAACAUUUUUGUUCUGUGCUUCUGAUGGAAAAAUGAUGACCUUUCAAAUGUCCUGCUUACAAAUGUAAUCAGUCACACAUAUUCAUCCCUCAUUUCUGGAAAGCAAUUUGUUAUUAUGCAGUUAUUAACAAACUUCAUCAGCAACAACAGCGAAGAUCCUCGGACCAUCUUUCAUUUCACAGGCGUUGAGCGAUCAGAUAAUAAAGAUUUAUUUUGAAAGUCCACUAUAUGCUCUUAGCUACACAUCAACCUUACAUUCUCAUUCUCAUUACAUUCUCAUCCUAUGAGUUGCUAUUUCAUCAUGUAGUUGCUAACCAAUCAAUAUAAAUGCCAUCCCUUUAAAUAGUUAAGUCCCAUUUUCACGCCACGGUAGUUUAAUUUACCACUUUUAAUGGAAUUUGAAUGCCUUUAGUGCUGUCGUUUCUACAGUAUUGUAAAUACAGGUGCUGAAUUAAAUUUGAAUGGAUGAAAUGUUAUGAGCACUGGUUAUUGUUACUGUGUAUUGAUAUUAAAGUGCUUGAUUACUUUGUAA